AAUGAAAUUUCAAAUGCACCGAAAGCGAGAUUUGCUUGUUUAUUAUUUCGAUUGCUUCUGACUUUCUUGGGUACUUUAAUUCUGAGUGUAUUUCAGGCUAACCCCGCUGAUAUGUUUAAUUAGUCAAGUGUUUUUUUUAGGUAUAGCAAUUACUGAAGUCGUUGUCACUUUCCCAAUACAGCAUCUUUAAAAAGGAUGAAUUUCUGAUUUACUUUCUUUUUACCAGGUGGCCUCGAUGACUCCGUUAUUUUAGCGAACGAUGCCAGCAAGAUAUCGCAGUUAAAUACCUGGCUUCUUCCGCACUUGCAAAGUCCAGAAAGAAGUUAUUGGAAACUGUGUUAUAGGGCCUCCAAUCAUGGCUGGGGAUCACGGACCUUUCAUAGCUAUUGCGAUAACAAAGGUCCCACUGUAACGAUUGUUAGAGUCGGGAUCUAUAUUUUUGGAGGCUACAACGACAAUUCAUGGCAAUGUAAGUGAGUGAAAUAGCUAACUAAGAUACCUACCAGGAAGGCUUCAACUGGUUGAAUUAAGCCAAAGGGUCGUUGACCAUAGAUGUUAAAGAAAGAAGAGAUGAAGCCUUAACAGUUUUCGCUAGUAGUUCAGAACAACUCUAGUCUUAAAUUGAGUUUUGUUUAUCACUCGCAAUAUUGUGUAGUAAUUUUGAAAACGUCGGCGUAAGAGGUUAAUCAAAUACUCACAAGACAAUCUUACCUCGGGUCUGUUCUGUUGCACUUUGUAAUAAAAAAAAUGUCGCAUCUUGUAAUAACACUUGUAGUCGUACUUUCAAUUACCAACUUGAAAUGGAUCGAUGCUCGGAAGACAAGUAAACCCGAUCUGAAUAAGUAUCAUCAUCGACAGCAACAGUAAUAAUAAUUACUCAACUGAACUAAUUUCAGCUCCACUUCUCAAGUGGGGGGGGGAGGAAAGUGUUCACAUCAACUGCGGCCUUCCGCUUCCAGAUCUUUGUAGGGAGUGAGUUCAACUCUUUCUGAAAAUAAGAUAAAAUAACCAAAUGGCAAAUUUUGAGUUCAAUUUUUAACAGAUGUUAUUUUUCUCCGAAUUUCACAACUUGCUGAUUUCUUUGCUUUCAAAGCAUCGUUUUAAGCACAUAUCAAUUUUUCUAUAAUAAUUACCUCGAUUUAUUCGGGUUACAAGUAAAAUGGAAAACACUUAGUUAAUUAAUAUCUUAAACAUGGUGGAUCCAAGAUGGCGGAUGGUUCCAGAUCCUUCUUUAGCAAUGAAUAACGUCGUCAUGACAUCACCACUAUUGUUUUGGAUAAUUAAUGUGUUACUACUAAUUAUUGUAUUAUUCUAUUUGUUAUGUCGAUGCUGAUACUUCUUAUUGUUGGGUUUACUUAUCCUCCGACCAGGCAUUUUAAGUUCAUUACCAAUUGCGGCAAGUGUUAUUACAAAUUGCGACAGCUUGUUUAUUACAAAGUGCGACAAGUGGUAUUACAAUGUGCGACAAUUUUAUUAUUACAAAAGUGCGACUGAACACGGGUCACAACGUUUUUGUAACAUAAAUUGCAUUUUAAACAUUUGGAGUCAGUAUUAUUCGUCUUAAGGCACACUUUGAAAAACUUUUGUGACAACCAGUCAGCUUGUCAGUAAGUUUGAGUAGUGCAAGUCUGACACAUUUUCCAUGCAUUAUCGGUGAUGACAAUUCUUUUAGCCACAGGCUCCUCCUUGUAAAUAACGGCUUGGCCGUUUGUCUUCUUGUUCGAUGGGAAUCCGCCGUCCGUUUUAAAUUUACUAAUGGGGAACUCCUGGGGACGAAUUGAGUUGCAACUUAUGAUACUCCAAUUCACGAGGAUUUGAGCCUGAUUUAUUAUUUAUUUCACACAUUAGGGACUUGUCAGAAAUUAGCAGGGGGAGGGAAGGUGGAGAUUUUCAGUUAAGUGCUGAAAAUAAAAUGACCCUCCGUAGGUAAGGGAUUAAAAUGUCCCGACCCUCCCUUGGAAAGUGUCCUAAAAUUCUAUGACCCUCCCCUGAAUAAAUGAUUAAUUAGCCAGACUUCUUAUACAGUGGUACAGGGAAAAUAAUUCAGUACUUUCAAAAAAGCAAACUUGUAUUAAAACUGACCUAUGACGAACAUGCAAGUGUUUUUUUCUGUUGGGCAAACAGGGCAAAAGAGAGUUUUUGGUUUCAAUGGGAUAAUAACAGUUUUUUCUUAACGACUAUACGAAGCAAAGACAGACCCAANCCGUCCGUUUUAAAUUUACUAAUGGGGAACUCCUGGGGACGAAUUUAGUUGCAACUUAUGAUACUCCAAUUCACGAGGAUUUGAGCCUGAUUUAUUAUUUAUUUCACACAUUAGGGACUUGUCAGAAAUUAGCAGGGGGAGGGAAGGUGGAGAUUUUCAGUUAAGUGCUGAAAAUAAAAUGACCCUCCGUAGGUAAGGGAUUAAAAUGUCCCGACCCUCCCUUGGAAAGUGUCCUAAAAUUCUAUGACCCUCCCCUGAAUAAAUGAUUAAUUAGCCAGACUUCUUAUACAGUGGUACAGGGAAAAUAAUUCAGUACUUUCAAAAAAGCAAACUUGUAUUAAAACUGACCUAUGACGAACAUGCAAGUGUUUUUUUCUGUUGGGCAAACAGGGCAAAAGAGAGUUUUUGGUUUCAAUGGGAUAAUAACAGUUUUUUCUUAACGACUAUACGAAGCAAAGACAGACCCAACAAGAUCAGACAAUUUUCGCGAAAAAAGUUAUACUUCUGGGCCCAGUUGUUCGAAGGCCGAUUAGCACUUAACCCGGGGUUAAAUUUAACCCGGGUUUCUUUUUCUGGCGUUCAAAAGCAUUUUCUCGGGUAAUUUUCUCUGUUAUUUUUAGAGUCUCCAAUCAUCAACUUGUAGACAAAAAGAAUUAAAACUGAAAUGCUUUUUAAGCUUUCAAAUCUGAAUUCAAAUCUCGCACUAACCCUGGGUUAUCUUAACCCAGCUUUGAACAAGUCGGCCCUGAAUGUUGUUUCAGUGGGGAACCCCUUCAAGUGAUGCUCCAGCCAGGGGCCAAUCACAAAACAGCAGGCAAAAAGAAAGCAAAACAGAACAAAAUGAAGGCUAACUGUAGCGUGGUAAUUAUGAGAAUUAUUACACCCUAGCCACUCAAGAGCCAUGAUGCAGAGCCCAUGGGGCCAUACGCUUCAAAGUCUAUCUUGGACUGUAUUUUCCUUCAUCGUAUUCUUGAAACAAACCCAAAAUAAGUGUAUCAAGCGCUUGAUGCAUGACUGCUUAAUAGAGGUGACAACACUAAAACUCUAGUUGGGAUGGCGAAAAAGUGGCUGUGUCCGCUUAAUGGAGGUUGAACUGCAUGUCAGGAAAUAAUCGCCUGUCAUGAUUUUUGUAUGAUCACGAUCGUGGCGGCUAUAUAUCUUUUGCGACCCUCCCUCUUUUCCUGUCAUUUUUUUUAUAACCCUCCCUUUUGAGGGGCUCAAAAAAACUGUGACCCUCCCCUGUUUUCCCCCUCCCCCCCCCCCCCCCCCUGCUAAUUUCUGACAAGUCUCUUAUAUAUUACUUUCCCCCUCUCCGGGAUUUAUUAACCAACCAUCGUUUCCUAAAAAUAGACCGUUUUACAGUUAUGGGCUUUAAUUUGUACCCUAGACUUGGAAUGAGUGUAAGGCUGAGGAUACAAACCUCCUUUGUUUUCUUAUUUGGCGGUUUGAAAUAUACUAGUUAGCAUAAGAAAACAAGAUUUAGAUAAAAAAGCAGAAAUCUUAUGCUUGUAUCAACACAAGAUCAUCUCCAGCCUUGUUUCCAUCCAUGACUGUAAAAUGGUCUAUUGAACUCGACUGAGUUACAUUGUUUGUGUUCUGUUUUUUUUUUUGUCUCUUCAGGGUCUACUGGUUAUCAAUAUUCGACAAAUACUUUCUUGUACUCACUAAAAAACUACAAGGGGUAUGGAUACUUCAAAAAGGACAUAACUGACGGCUACUAUGACUACGCCACUUACAACUUGUAUAAUCAUGGUCCAACCUUUGGUGGGGGCAAUGAUAUGUAUAUUGCGGACAAUGCGGGAGGAAAUACCAUUUCUUACUUUAGUUGUCACUCGUACCGCAGUCCCUAUUGUGACAAUUAUCUCUGGGUUGGAUCACGAUACGGGAACAGUUUCCGCCCAGAUGAGUUGGAGGUUUAUUAUGAAGUGCUUGCUUGA